GCAAGGAGGACACCUGCAAAGUGAAGACUGUCAUUUCUCUGGAAAAGAGGAGCCAGUGCGUUAAAAUGAAGCCUCGGAUUCUAAUAGUCUUUCUACUGUCCAUCUGUUCCUAUCUGUGCAAUGCUUCAGAGUUGGCCUUCCUAUUAGAACCCAAUGAUGUCAUCGCCGUGCGUGAAAAACCCCUGAUGCUGAACUGCCAAGUCGAGGGCGAGGGCCCCAUCACUGUGACGUGGCGCAAGAACGGCGUUCCGGUGCCCACGGGUCCUGGCGCCCGAGCCCUGCUCAUGCCCAACGGAACCCUUCUCAUCCCAAGCUUCCAGAAGAGGCGAGACGGGGACGCCACUGAUGCUGGGGACUACCACUGUGCUGCCCAGAACCACUUCGGCAUGCUGGUCAGCCGCAAGGCCCACGUGAAGCUGGCAUCCCUGCCGAAGUUCCACACUCACCCGGAGUCCAUGUCCGUGAACGAAGGUGGAGUGGCUCGCUUUCAGUGCCAAGUCAACGGGAUCCCCGAGGCUAACAUCACCUGGGAGAGAGACCGCGUGUCCGUCAACACCAAGGACAGCAGGUACACUCUGCUGCCCAUGGGCAUCCUGCAGAUUACAGGAGUGCGACGUUCCGAUGCCGGCCUCUUCCGCUGUGUGGCCACCAACAGCGCCAACACGCGCUAUAGCCACGAGGCCCAGUUCAACGUCACAGGUGGUCCUCCCCGUGUGUACAAAGAGCCAGUGAUUCUGUCAGGUCCUCAGAAUCUUACCAUCAACGUCCACGAGACAGCCAUCUUGGAAUGCAUUGCCACUGGCAACCCUCGGCCCAUCGUGUCCUGGAGCAGGCUGGAUGGUCGCUCUAUUGGUGUGGAGGGCAUCCAGGUGCUGGGUACGGGGAACCUGAUGAUCUCCGACGUUACUCUCCAACACUCUGGUGUGUACGUGUGCGCUGCUAACCGCCCCGGUACCAGGAUGAGGCGUACGGCGUUGGGCCGACUGGUGGUGCAAGCUCCUCCUGAGUUUCUGCAGUGGCCGCAGUCUGUGUCUAAACCACUAGGUGGCAGCGCUGUGUUCUCCUGUGUGGCCCAGGGUGUCCCUGAGCCUCACCUUAUUUGGCUGAAGAAUGGCAAGAUUCUGACUCCUGGUGACAAUGUCAAACUCACCAACAACAACAGCACCCUUGCCUUGACUCGCAUCACCUCUGAGGAUGAGGCGAUCUACCAGUGCAUUGCCGAGAACAGCGCCGGCACCAACCAGGCGAGCGCACGGCUGGCGAUCUCUCUGGCCAAGGAGCUGCCCGACGCCCCGGCCGGCCUCAAGGCCACUGCGCUCUCCAGCGCCUCGCUGCAGGUGUCCUGGACGCAGCCGCCCGCUGAGGUCACAGAUGGAAUCAUCGGAUAUGUGCUGCACAUCCGUAAGAUCUGUGAGCCAGACAGCAAGGAGCUCCAGGAGGCUAUCAGCAAGACCACCUUCCAGCAUGACCUGACAGACCUGGACCCUGCCACCACCUACUCCAUCUACCUGAAGGCCUACUCUGCUCUGGGGGCCAGCUCAGCGUCCAGCACUGUGGUGGCUACAACACUAGGGGGAGUGCCCAAUACGCCAACCUUCUUCACGAAGGUGCUGAACUCCACUGCGGUGCAGGUGCUGUGGGAGCUGCCCAGUAAGACUGGCAAGGCCGAGGGCUUCCGACUGUCCUACCGCAGGGUCCCCCAUGGAGAGUUUCAGGGGCCUCUGCAGAUGCCUUGCCACGCCAAUGCCCACACCAUCACCCAUCUAGAGCGAGGUGCUGUGUACGAGGUGAAGCUGGCGGCCUACAACGGCAACGGGGAGAGCGACUGUUCCAAGAGGCUGGUGUCUCUGGCAGAGGAUGGGACCAGUGCCAAGACUAGCAGUGAAGGAGAGACCCAGUGCAACUGCAGACAGGGCAUGGAAGGCUCCAUGGGUGGCAUUGUGGUGGGCAUUCACAUUGGCAUGGCCUGCAUCAUCUUCUGUGUGCUCUUCCUCAUGUUUGGAUACCGGCGCAGGAAGGGGACCCAGGACAGUUGGUCAGUGCCACGGGGGGGCGAUGGUGGACACCACACUCAGAAUAACGGGGUACCCAAACCAGGGGUGACCCAACCGGCUGAAGCCAUUGAGUUAGUGCCUCAGGGUCGUGACCCCACGAGCCAAGGAGGUGCUCCAGCAACUCGCCCAGGGCAGUGUCACGUUCUCAUCGAGCAGCACCCAUCUAACCUGCCUGGCGCAGGCACGGGCACUGGCUAGCACUAACCCCAUACCCUCAUCCCUUAAAACGGUUUGCCCCCCCUCCCCUCCCUUCACCUAUGGUUCCUCCACAUGGCCUGCCCACCAAAGCCCUAUACCCCCCCCCCCCCCCUUAAAGUCUGUCAAUGUUAGCCACGUCUAACUGUCCGUAACCAAAAACUGCUGCUAAAGUAGAGGGGAUUGAUAUGACCCCUGCCACAGGCUGAGUUUAAUGAUGACUUUGAGGUCUUCUUCUCUAAGCUUCAUUAGACUCCCAUCACACAAAAAAACUAAAACAUUGGUGUCUACGCCCCUCUCCCUAUGAGCAACCUUUCCCUAGUUCCUCUCUUUAAACCAAAGCUUUACAAAGCCUUUAUGAUCUGCCUGCCAUGUGUGCUUUUGUCCAUGUAUGUUAGCGCUGAAUGUUCGCCUUAGGAGAUAUUAACAUGACCGUGACACGUGUGAUGCUCGGUUACUAAAAAAAUUAUUUCCCAUAUGCUGUGCUAUGAAGAAGAGGACAGCACAGUGCCGUUCAAUACUGAGAAAAGCUAUGUAAUAUUACCAUAGGACUUUCUGCUUUAACCAAAACUUUCCCUUCAAUGCAAUGGUGUCCUGUGAUAAUAUUAUGUACCACUCUUGCACUACGAUGGUUAAACCCUAGUUGGAGCCAAAUAUUCAGACAUACUAGGGAGUUAGAAAAUGUAUAGAUUUCAGAAGUUGGGGACAGGUGCUUGUUUGACUGUCUCCUCAUGUGUUUGGCCUUAGCUCUGCAAUACCAACAGAUACACAAUGCGGCCUUUGACUGUAGCCUUGCGAAAAGUGUGAGUCUGAUAGAGUUGAUUGUUGCUUUUCACCGUGUUAGCCUCGAGGCAGGCCAACUCGGAGGAACCGUAGAGGCAACCGUUUGCUCCUAAAAGCCCCUUAAAAAAAGAGUCCUUUCCCCCACACCUUUCCUGCCUUCUGGCUCGAGUCCUUCCCCAAAGUUCCAUACAAUACCUCCAAAGAUAGCUACCUCAGAAUGUCCGAGCCAUAGUUGAGAGCAAUGUUUGCCUGCUGCUGUUUGAGCAAGCCUACCUCAGCCAAAAAGAAAACCCUGAAAAUAACCCUUCCUUUCUCUUCACGCCAAGCUCCCUAUGCCCUCCCUUCCCAAAUUCCCCCGUGCCCCCUCCUCUCCUACCUACCCUCCUACCCCCCUACUCAGAGUGCCACAGCCAGUGUUCCGUGCCAGCCAGUGCCGAUGCCCAUGCUCAGUAGCCCAUCAGGUUGACUGCCAUGGAGAGUGGGACCCUGGGCUCAGAAUGUCCACAGCAGCCGUCCAUCACCCCUGUUGACCUCCUCCUCCUCCGAUAUUCUUCUGCCUUAUCCAAAUAUGUGCCAUGGAUGGAUGUCUCUCUCACGCAGAAUAUUUUUUUUCUCACGUUUGUUGUCUGACUGCCAGUUUUUUUGUCUUUAGGCUACCAAAAAAUGAAGGCAUAAGUCUGAGAAGGCACUGUGCUUUUCUUUCUUUUUUUAAAAAAAAGCCCAUAGACUGCUGGCACAACAGAUUCUGCCCAAAAAAGUGAUGCCUAUGCCAUGUCUAGUGCUGGCAUGGACGGAUACCUCCUCUCCUCUGCUUUAACGUCUUCCACGGGAGGAUUUUUCUAUGGAAAGUAUGGACCUAUACGAGUGUUUCCAUGACUUGAUAUUUUUGCCUUAUGGGGAUGCUCUUGGCCUUUCUGUGGAAUCCUUCAGGAGAUCUUCUGAUACCAAAAAUACCCUGCAACUUUUGAAGAGCCCAUCCUACUGAGGUAUACCGGGUGGCUUUUGUUGUCUACACCCAACAGGUGAUCUUUCUGAGCCGAGUCCCAAAAAAAAGGUCUGCUCUCCAGAUGCCAAAUCGGUUGCCGUGGGAAUGACUGGGCGCGUGCUGAUGGCUGACCGUGUUUCAGGGUUACCUGGGAGACUGAUAUUUGUACGUACCUCACUGUGACUCCUGCCACGGACGUGCACGGACAUGGCUAGCUUCCAAUACUUGACAGCCUGUCCAAAAAAAUACGUUUUUUAUAUGAAAACCAAGCUGAAUGGUAUCCAAAGAUGUAAAAUGUUAAGAUGGUUUUCGUUCUGUUUCUUUUUCCUAGCAUUCUUUUGAGAUGUACUUAAUGUCAUUCUCAUUUCAGUUUCUCAUAGUUCCUGUUUUAAGGGGUAGCCACCAUGAGAAAUGCUUUUCCUGAACCAAAGCCAAUUGUUACAUGCAGAUUUCUAGGGAUUUGCUGACUAACAGUUGAAUAACACAGGUUAGUGAUUAACCACGGCUCACCUCUUUUGAUUUGGAACUGUCACAUUUGCUUUGAAUUUACGAUUUAACUUUAAAAAGAUUAACCAAAAUGAAAAUGGGAUAUAUUUUCAAGGAGAUUUUCUAUGUGAAUAAUGAAAUAUAUGACAGUGGAAUUAUUGGCAAAAAACUUAGAUGAAAUAAUAAUGUGACCAAAUACCUUCUACAUAUUUUGACAUUCAUAGUCUUUAUCUUUUGUACCACUUUCUCUUGACCAAAGCACAGAGUGAGGUGAGAAUGUAUAGGUGUGUGUGUGCUCUGUGAUUGGCUGACAGUUGGUUUGUCCUUGGGACAGUGGAAGCUUGACGGAACCUUACAGAAGCAAAACCAUUUGUGCAAAGAAACAUUUCAUCAUAGUCAGACGACUAGAUGAGCCAAAGAAUAUUAUGUUCAAGAGUAUCAGAAAAGCCUCCUGUGCUUUAUCUGGUUUAACUUUCCUUUUCCCUCUGUUGUAAGAGAUUGGUCAUACGAUCUAAAGCUCUUUGCCAAGAUGAUGGUCUUGGCACCAAAGAAUUGUACUGUGAAGGGGCUUUCAUGGUCUAGGCCAACCAAAAGCAGAACCAAAAGAGGUGUUCCUUGAAAAGCUCCACUGUCCGCAAGGUCAACCUACAGAACCGAGAUGAGUGUUAAAGGUUUAACCAAAAAGCUACAGUUGAAACGAGUCAAAGACGUGACUCCAGUCUGAGAUUAUUGAGAUAGAAACAGUGUGAGGUGGCUGUGAUAUACCAAAAGACAGAGCGAGAGAGAGAAAAGAAGGACGUUUGUAACAUGGGAAAUUGUUUGGAUUUGUUUUUAUCUCCCCUUCCCACUAGUGUGAAUCUUAGUAGUGGUAAACCUUAGCUUGCUCAUUAUUCAGAAAUUACAAAACUUUGUUUGCUGGAUAUGUUUGCAGAACGUGUCUCUUAUGUUUUCUCCUUUUACCCAGCAUAAUGUUAUGUUCUUCCUGCUAUGUGCAGGCAAUGUUGCCAAAAUGAAGAUGUUCAUUUUUUUAAACGUUAUGAUUAUUAUUAUUAUAAUUAAUGUUAUUAUUGUUGUUGUUUUCUGUUGUUUUAUGUUCACACUCUUGUUUAUGGCCUGGCAUCUUAUUUUGAAGCAGUAUUAGAAUAAUGUGCAAAUGUUCAAUAGGAAAGUUAAACUCAUGGUGGGUCUUGCGUAAGAUGAUAUAUGGUUCAAAACGUCAACAAAUCCUGACUUCCAUCCUUUUAGUUGAGCAUGUUAACUGAAUGUUACAGUAAACUGUAAUCUUUUGUCUUUAGAAACAUCUACCUCCUGUACCUUCACAGGAAUAUUGUUUCAUUCAUUCUCUAGCCUAGAUUGCAAUCCCUUAUUGAGCCCAAUACAUUGACUUAGAGAAAGGAAAGGGAGAACAUCCAUUAUAGAGUAGCCUGCACAGUAGCACAGUACCAAGGACAUCCAUGUUCUAUACAGGCUUCAGUAUAUUGAGCCAUAUUCUUCUGACGUCUUGACCCAUCAGGUAGAAAAAAAGAAAGAAAAAAAUGAUAGAGAAUUAGAAACUAAAGGCUUGAACCAAUGACAGAGCAACAGCAAUGCUUUAAUACCUGCUUUAAAUAUUUAGUUCUCAAACAUACCCAAUCUGUGUAUGUCUGUGUGUCCCAUGAACCUGAAAAGCUUUAAACCUUUCUUUGAGGCAGGGAUACGCACCUGUGUCUCAGACCAAAAAAUUGUGAAAGAUGGGAUACGUAGGCAUUGUGUGUUUUUGUGGAUCAAAAUGAGCUGACAGAAGAGACCAAGCAGCUGCCAUUAUUUCACCAGGUGUUUGUUUUUUUUAUUUUAUUUUAUCUAUUAUAUUUAUACACUAUCAUUGCACAUGUACUGUUUAUCUCAGAUAGUUCAACUGUUUUGAAUUUUUAGGGAGCCAAUACUGAUAUAGUUCAAAUGUCGACUUCAAAAAAAUAGUUGUUUAAGCUGUUUAAGUUUAAUAUAUUUGGUUAAAAUUAACAGAAAUCACCACCAUCAAUUUUUUCAGCCUUGCCAAGUCAAGAUGCAGAGGCAGAGGAGCUGCCACUUUACGGCAUCUAUUAAAAACAGCUAUGGCAUUUUCCUGUGUCAGGCUGUGCAUCAUUCUCUGUAGAGCUCGGACAUUAAGUUGCCAAGUAUAACUGCCAUAUUAAUGUGAUAUUUGCAGCUCAUUUGCUGCCAGACGUUAAUUGAGAUGCUGGUCAUCGCUCGAAAAGGAGAGGAAGGUGAAAUGCUGUGGAUGCUCUUUCUGGAAAUUCUACUUGCCAAAAGCCUGAUCAAUCGAGUAAAUCUCUGCCCUUCUCCAAGACCCUCUCCACAUUCUCCACUGCAUAUUAAAUGCUUUCUGGCUUUAUCAUUUAAUUAAGAGGGAGAGGUGAUUUGCCAUAUUUUCCCCCACACACACAUCAGUUAAUAAGCAACUGUGACUAAAUGUCUAAAUUGAAUGGGCAGUACAUUCAAAUUUAUUUUUUACUAUCUGAAUUAUUUAUUUUUCUUCCAAGGCCAUACAUGGCACACACAGAAAUACCGCCAGGAGUUUCAUCAUUAAGUCUGGUCAAGUAAAAAUGUCUUUAAUUUCAGUUGGCUGCUUGGUCUCCGAUGGCAACAGCUUGCGUUUUAAAGGGCUGAACACAUGUCUGUAUCUUCACUUUCUGUGUUUUUUAUAUUCUCCAGAUUCCA